GAAAGCAAUUCUUAGUACUCACGCAGGUAGAACGCCUAGUACCAUAGACCACUGGAAAGUUAAUUUACCUUCGUGUUAAUCUCAAUCGAAUAAUGUUAUUAAUAUGUCUCGAAAAUUGUUGAAGUUCUUGAUACUUUUCGAUAAUACGUCUUUGUUGUACUUCCCAGGACAGUUUUUGUCAGGCAGGGUCCUUAUCGAGCUACAGGAUGAUACACCCACGCUUGGUCUUCACUUUCACGUGGUCGGUGAAGGAGUUGUCAGAGUUCGGACGCCAAGACAAGAGAGAGUAUGCGAUAAAGAAAAUUACAUAGACUUCAGAAUGAGGCUACUCGGAGAACCAGGACAAGGUCCACAGGUUCUGUCCCCUGGAAUCCACAGCUUCCCGUUCAAAUUAGGAUUACCCCUUGGUCUACCGUCAACCUUCUUGGGUAAACAUGGUUGGGUACAAUACUAUUGCAAAACAGCUUUGCGUGAACCUAAUGGACUCACCCACAAGAAUCAGCAAGUGUUCAUCGUAAUGAACCCCAUCGACCUAAAUUUAGAACCUGCUGGUCUUGCCAAUGUUUCGGGACAGGAUACGUUCAAGUGUGAGAUUGAACAUAAAUUUGGAGUGAGUUGCGUUGGAUCAGCUCCAGUUGUUUGCAAAGUGACGUUGGACAGGGGAGGUUAUGUGCCUGGUGAGAGCAUUGGUGUUUCUGCAUCUGUGCAAAACAGGAGCAAAGUUACCAUCAAAAGUACCAAAGCAGCACUCACUGAGACCAUAACUUACAUGGCUCGUGGAAAAGUUGUAAAUUCAGAAAAGAGAGAAUUGGCGUCCUUAGUGAGGGGCAAAAUAAGACCUGGAGAAAAAGACGAAUGGGUUGAUGAGCAACUAUAUAUACCACCUUUACCACCAACCAAUCUGAGAGGGUGCCACCUCAUAAAAGUAGAAUACGACGUUUUUUUCAUUAUCGAACCAAAAAGUUUACAGAAAGAAGUGAAAAUCCAACUGCCAAUAGUUAUGGCAACAUAUCCUUUGAAGACAGAUGAUAACGCUUACAAUUCAGGAACACAUUACCCCUCGACACUUCCUAUUUUUAGGCCGUGGUUAGAGGAGAAGUCUAAUAUAGAUUGAUGUGUUGUACCUUUUAAAUACUAAUUUAAAAUCCUAAUAGAAA